UAUAAAAGCCUCCAAGAAGAAAAAAAGAUCCACCUCGAAGACCCCUCCACCACCACCACCCAACCUUCACUCCCUUCCUCCUCUCUUCCUCUUCUCUUCCACCUCUCUCCCCUCCACAACUCUAGGUGGAGAGAGACGGAGAUAAAAAAGAAUGAACCCGUUUUAGCAAAUUCCACCUUCCAAUUUCUCACUCUCUUCUACGAUAUAGUGUUCUUGUUCUUUUCAUCUACUUCCUUAAAUUGCUGAGAAAAAAAUUACUGAUAAAAAUACUAUUACGUAGAGAAUUGGUCAAUUGGGUUUGAUAAAAGUGGUGGAAAAAAUGAGGGAGGAUGACUCGAAUUGGUUUUCAAAGUGGGAAGAAGAACUCCCAUCUCCUGAAGAGCUCAUGCCCUUAUCCCAAACCCUAAUAACCGCGGAUCUAGCUAUUGCCUUCGAUAUCCGAUACCCAAAUAGCCCACAAACGCCCCACCACCAUCAACAACCACCACCUCCACCUCCUCCGCCACAUCUUCAAACCCCUUCCACCCAACCCACCACCAAUAACUCGUCGGAAUUCGAUUCCGCCGAGAUGGGUGGAGCUGGUUCAGGGGACGAACCUGCCCGCACCCUGAAGCGGCCUCGGCUCGUGUGGACGCCACAGCUCCACAAAAGAUUUGUGGAUGCUGUGGCCCACUUGGGGAUCAAGAAUGCUGUCCCCAAGACCAUAAUGCAGCUCAUGAGUGUUGAUGGGUUGACUCGUGAAAAUGUUGCGAGUCAUUUGCAGAAGUAUCGCCUGUAUUUGAAGCGAAUGCAGGGUCUUUCCAGUGGUGGUGGUGGUAGUGGUGGAGGACUAUCCUCAGCAUCUGAUCCUGCUACAGAUCAUCUGUUUGCGAGUUCACCUGUGCCAGCACAUUUUUUGCAUCCGGGAAGGCCCAAUUCGGACCAUUUCUUGCCGUUUGUGCCUGUGGCAGCGCUGCAGCAGCAGCACCACCAGCAGCAGAUGGCGGCUGCCAGGCAUGCAGCUGGCUGGCUGCACCAUGCCCUUUCCACGUUCGUAGUUGUAGUGUAG